GGCCAUCGCAGUUGGCCUGCGGUUGAAGUUGAAAAUCGAAAAGUGUCGACGGCACACCGCCGCAAUCUGGAAUUCCCCCGAGGGCAGUGAUGAGCGAUAAAUCGAAUGGCCACGGCAGAGGGGGUGCAGCGGCGGAAGGGCAGGACAGGAAGGGACGCACAACGUCCGAGUCGUCGGCGGAAACAUCCGCGGCCAGUACGGGUCGCCUCGGGCAGAACGACAGCGUACAGCAGCAGUUUACGCGGUUCGCCGAUUAUUUCGUAAUCUGCGGACUGGACCUGGACUCCGGACUCGAGCCCGACUUGUUUGCCGGUGACGGUCUGAGCUGCUCGCCGCUGGACAGUGCUUACAAGAGCAAACCCCUCGCCCACUACCCGGAGUACGUGACGUGGAAUCCGUUCGAUGCGCACGGCAUCUGCAUGCUGUCGUUGCCGCAGGGGCUCCGCUUUCGCACCCAGAAGCACAACAUCGAGCCGCGGUUCCACGCGUUCGCGACGACCCGCGAAGACGGCAAGCGGUGCUACGGGUUCAGCCUGGUGUUCUACGAGGAGGUGCGCAACCGGCAGAUCUGCAGCGCCAUGCACACGCUCCAGUCGAUGUUCAUCACGGAGAUGUCGAGCACGCAGCAGCCACCGCCCGGGACGCUGCGGCGGGUGAAGGAGAGCCCCGUCAGCCGGUCGCUGCCGAGACACUUCAAGAUCGCCGCCCAAGCGCCGGCGUCCGCGCUCAGCUACUACGACAUUGCCAAGGAUAAGCUGUACGUGGCCAAGAGCUUGUCGCUCGUCUGCCAGGUGCCGUACGCGCACGUGGCCGAGCUGUUUCUGCAGAAUCUCUACCGCUGUCUUCCCCGGCAUCCCGGUGCGCGGCUCAGCCUGGAAAGCUACGUGUACAACAUUCUGUACGAAGUGUCCACUCCGGCGCCCGGCAAAUCGAUCCGCAUCUACAUACCUCCGGAGGAGCCGCACCUGCCGCCGAUCGCCACCAUCCUGCAGCGGCCGGCCCUGAAAGACGAGCUGCCGUUUAUGGACUUCCCGCUGCGGCUGCUCUUCACCUACCUCGGCGUCGAGUGCGUCAUCCAGCUGUUUACGUGCGUGCUGCUCGAAAGCCAGGUGCUGCUCCGCUCGACCGACUACCAGAAGCUGACGAUCGUGGCCGAGUGCAUCACCUCGCUGCUGUUCCCCUUCCAGUGGCCACACGUGUACGCGCCCAUCCUGCCCGCCUCGCUGCACCACUUCCUGGAUGCGCCAGUCCCGUUCGUGAUGGGCCUACACGCGGACUGCGACAGCACGGUACGGAUCGGUAGCGAGGCGAACCUGUGCUACGUGGACAUUGACAAAAAGUCGGUCCAGUUGCCCGAGGAGCUACCGUCGUUCCCGCACCGGCACGAUUUCAUCUCGGAAAUCACGGCGCUGCUGGACAAGUACCAGGUGCCGCGGGACCGCUCGCUCGAUCCGCCCAGCAUACUCAGCCCAAAGAAUCUCCUCAAGGACCAUGACAUGAUGACGACCAGCUGCACGCUGCCCUCCGGGAUGCACAUCGUGCGCCGGAAGCACUCGCUGCACGAUCUGCUCGACUGGGACCGGCCCAGCUCGCCCGAUCUGCCACUGCCACCGACGGCGGCCGUACCGGCGCGCCCGGAUGUUCGCCAACGGAUCGUCGAUAUCGUGCGCCGGAGCGGUGGCGACGAGGUGGACAGCAGUGGCGGCCCCAACGAGGUGAUGCCGAGCGCGAAGCAGAAGCAACCGCUCAGCACGCUCGAGCAGUACUACGAAGACCUGAGACUGAACAAUGCACUGCGCGAAAUCUUCCUCAACCGGUUCGUGCAGAUGUUUGCCGCGUACGAGCACUUUGUAAUACUGCCCAAUCAGAGCAAAGACGAGUGGCUGACGAACCGCGAAUCGCUGCACAACUUCGACAAGGCGUCGUUCCUGUCGGACCAACCGCAGCACCAUCGACCGUUUCUGUCGCGCUUCCUGGAGAGCCAGAUGUUUGCCACGCUGAUCGACAACAAAAUCAUGCUGUCAUGGUGCGACGACACUCAGAACGGAUCGUCGUCCGGCCAUCUGCUCGACUGCCUGAACGGCGACACGGAGUACAGCUUGCGGCUGUUCGAUUCGAGGAUAAAAAUUCUCCGCAAACGCUACGGUGGUGAAAGUAUGAUCCGCACCGCGAACUACGAACCGUGUAUUCUGGCCCGGGAAACGCAAAAACUGCUCGACAAACGGCUGCUGGCGGUCGACAUGGAGGUGGCACCCCCGAGCGAGAUCCUCGACAAGCGGGCACCCUACUAUCGGAGCUUUCCGCUGCUGGAAAAGUCCGUCCUCAACCAAGAAUGUGUCUCGAGAGGCAACAGUUUGCGAAGGGUCAAAAAUGGCAGCACAAAGUGGAAGGUGAAGGAAAUCUCAUUGGACACUACGGGCAACACGGCCGCUACCGGUGCGGUGCCCACUUCCGCCUUCACGAAGGACACGGACGGCAACAAGUCGAACCGGAACUCGGCCAACCUGUCUGGGGCGGACAUAAGUCCGGCCUUGCUGGCGCAGGCCAACUGGACGUUCGUGGAGAAGCUUCUCAAGGACAUUAAGAGCAAAACGAAGCGGAUGCUGCUGGAAAAGAUGGGCACGGAAGCGAUCGAGCUUGGGCUGAGCGGCGAAACGUCCGUAACCGGAGUGGAGGAGAACACGAUGAUUGCCUCACUGUGCGAUCUGCUCGAGAAGGUUUGGUCGCACGGGUUGAUCAACAAGCAAAGCAAAUCGGCCCUGUGGACGCAUCUGGCCGCGUACCUUGAGAUCAAGGAUUGCCAGAAUCCGGGCCGGCAUCAGAUGGAGAACAGCUACCUGACGCCAGCCUUAGCGUGGACGGUCAUGAGGAAGCGGAUGGAUUGCAAGGCACGCAGCUACUCCGAGAUUCGGUAUCACACGCUACAGAGCCCGGCAGGCCCGGAUGUUGGUGGUGUUGGCACGCCUGGUCGCUUUAAGAAGUACCACACGACGAUUGCGCACAAGAUUCGUCGACUGCACUCGGAUCGGGCGGGUCGGCCGUCCGCGCCUGCGUCACCCGGCGGCGGCAGCAGCAGCAGCAUCUUCGUGGCAGGAGAAGCGGUAGUGCCGCCAUCCCCCCCGCCGGCCAAGCGAGGGUCGGCCGGUCGCUUUACUAACCUGUCCGAUGUCGUGGCUUCUUUUGUCGCUAUGCGCCACGGUACGGUAGCUAAUCUGUUUUCCACACGCAGCCACUGCGAUCUAUCAUCGUUGGCCAUCGAACCGCAGCUUCCGCCACCGUCGCCGACGAGGGGCCGCUCGAAAUCGCGUGACCGCAAGAGUCUCGGACCGGAACAGCUUCGACCGCUUCCCGAAUCGCUCGAGUUUGAUAUUCGUAACAUUCUGACGAUGACGGAUAUUAAAACACACAUCGGGUACGCCCGUGCCUGGGUACGGUUGGCGCUGGAGAAAAAGGUGCUGUCGCGCCAUCUGCGAACCCUGCUCUCCGACGCUGCCCUGCUGCGGCAGCUGUACAAACGGUCCGCCUUCGUGCGCUGCGACGACGAAGUGGAGCAGUUCCUGUACCAUUUGCUCACGCUGAACGCGGUCGACUACUUCUGCUUCACCAACACCUACCCGACGACGAAGCUACCGUAUCGGGUGGUCGUUUUCCCGUCGAAAAAGUCGAGCGCCGCCACGACGUCCGCCAACGUUUGGAUCGCCAUUUCCGGCAGUCUCGGCGAAACGCAAAUCAUCAACGUGCCCCGCCACUCGCUGGAGUUUGUGUUUCACCACAAAACUCUUGGUAUACUGACGUCACUGAGAGUGGGGCACGACGAUACCGGCAUGUCCUCCAAAUGGCUAGUGGAGCAUGUGGUCGUGAGGAAUGAAGUGACCGGGCACACGUACAAGUUUCCGUGCGGACGCUGGCUUGGUCGGGGCAUCGACGAUGGAUCGAUCGAGCGGCUACUGAUCGGGCAGCUUGUACCGCGGACGGUCGACAGCGAGGAGCUGGUGGAAGCGUGCAGGACACCGCCCCGGACCCGCAGCCCGAGCAUCCAGCGGCCCGAGGUACGCCCGUCCGACAUUCAGCACAUGCUCGGUAACUGUGUGAACGCCAUCGUCAAGUGGCACUACCGGCCCAGCCGGGAUCGGGACGCCAGCUCGCUAGCGAACCUGCUGUGCGGUGAGAACGGGCUGGUGAAGUGCCUCGAGCAGGCGUUCCUGUGCGGGUUCCGCUCGUCCCGUCUCUUCGGGCGCAACCUUUACCUGUGGGAUUACUUCGUGCGGGUGAAGGAACAGUUCGAGAUCUGCCUGGUGGAGGAAUCGGUGGAAACGGUACGCGGUGGCGGUGGUGCUGGCGGGGCCUCGACCAGUGGCUCCCCACCGACGAGCGGUUCGAGCCCGGAAUCACCACCGCAACCGUCGACCGGUGUUGGGGCAGCGCUUUGCGGUGUUUCCUCGCUGUCGCCCGUGGCACGGCAGGAACUGUCCGCCGUCUGGCACUGCUACUGCCAUCUGAUGGACGAAAUCAACAACGUCAAGCAAACACUCGGCAAAGAUGGUCGCUUCCAGUUGUUUAUCUGUUUGAGUUUGAGGGAACAUUUGCUCCACCGGAUGCUGGUCCCGAUGGCGUACACGCGCGUGACGGCGGAAAUGUACGAGGAGCAGAGCUUCAUGCGCAAGAAGGGACUGCUGACGUUUUUGCGCCAAAUUUUGGAACCGCUCGACGAGUUUCAUAUAGUGCUGGAAAACUCCAUCACACAGGGUAUCGGAUCGCACUGCUAGGAUGGGUCGGUUCACUGUUGGCCACGUUGGUCGACGAGUUCGAGACUGAACGAAACCAAAAUACUCUCGGGAACUGCAGAUUGCAACAGCGGGAAACGCAGCAGGCAAACGACGCCGAGCGACAGGUGAGGGGUGCGUGGAGCUAGUUUUCCGGGUCGCGUUUGGAUAAGUUACUUUAGUUUCGGUGCGUUUUUAUACAUUUUACGGGUCGCUGUUUGAUCAAUUUACUGUGGACCUUAAGGGUGAACGGACUCGUGAACGGGGAACUCAAAGUGGAACCCGAACUCACUCGCUAGUUAACGUAAGAAGUACUCGGACGCAAGAGAUUCCCAUCAUACCUACAAAUCAUCAAAACACAGGAACUGCCUCUGCAAGAUUAGGCGUAGUUUAUUUUUUAUAGAAUUUGUGCCCAUUUAUAAUUUUAUAACAGAAAACACACUAAAGUGGUUUAGUUUUAGCGGCUGAGACAUCGGUUUCGCCUCCCAAAAGGCACCAGUUACAAGCGCUCAGUUACUAUAUUUUUAAUCUAUUUUUAAUAAUUCACUUCCUGAAGCUAAGCUAUUCAGGCGGACUGAAACGCGAGCGGAGAUUAUUCCGAACGCCGAACGGCAUAGCUCGAUCCUAAUUCAGCAACAGUGGCCAAAGACUAUAUAGAGUGGCGAAGACUAUUGAGCAGCAAAAGGGUUUGCGCUGGUGCUGCUUCUUGUUGCGUAUAAAGCUUGCGCAGCUCCUUCGACAGCCGCCCGCCUGAUGAAGAAUGUAAACUGCACGAAGAUUAUAAGGUUUAUGCCGUGGAGUUGCACUGGAUGGCCGUUAUUUUGAUCGGAUAUCUUGCCAACAUUUAAUUGUAUGAUAAGGUUUUUUUGUCUGUCUUUUGUUAGGUCUUCCAAUAUUGUUUGCGUUUUGUUUUGUUUUAGCAAACAAUGUGUUACUAUUUUUGUUGCUUGUUAAGUACUCAGCACGAAGCACACGCAUCACUGGGCCAAAGCGGCGUGCAAAGAGGCGACACAGAACCAAUAGUCGUCGAUGAUAAACUGUGCCAAAAACAAACCGUUAACUGUUCGUAAUAUAUAGACACUAAUAUGGAGCGAGCGCGCAAGGUAGAGCUCGUUUCAGCCGUACGAAAUCUCAGAAUUCUAUGUAAAUGGUGUGUGAUAUCGCGAAAUGGGACGAAAUCCGAAGCGAUCUAACGAUCUGAUGGUAUCCGCCGCGGACGGAAAUAUAUUGCAGGGCUGAGCGCAUAUUGGCGUAUAUUUUUGUGCAACGAUCAAUGCGAGGCCUCUGACGGCAACGUCUAUUAAAACGCAUCCGUGAUUGAACCCCUUUCUCAUUCGUCCAGCAUAUGCGUACAUGCACGUACUCUGUUCUCUCUAUUUUAGUUACCUUCCACGAAACUUUACUGAACAAUCUUUAUGUAACCUCUCCGGUGCUGUGUGCUAACCCAGCAUUCGAUAUUAGUCAAUCGAUCGUACAUAUUGAUACCGCGUUAGUAGUGACUAGAGACUAGAGUGUGCUAUCUUUCCCCGUGUCUUGUCGCCGAGGUGAGCAUCAAAUGUAA